AUGGACGCCGGGGACGAAGGCCCUGAGGCUGUGGGAUUGGAUGUGGCCUUCGAGGUCGAGAGUGAAGCAGGCGAAACCCUAUUGGGCGAGGAAAAUUGGGGUGGCUUGGAAGGUCCAGCAGAUUUCGUUGUCGUAGCUGUGGACCAUGAAGAUGAGGCCAUGCUGAGGGGAGAGGAAGGGCAGAAAAUUGGAUGA